GAGAGCGUUUGAUUUCAUCAUGGAGAGUAUUUGUGCGAAGUUUGUGUCUCAGAAAAUAAGCAAAACCCGCUGGCGACCGUUGCCUGCCGGGAGCCUGCAGACCACAGAGACUUUUGCUACGGGAUCUUGGGACAAUGAGGACAAUUAUGUUUCACUGUGGUCUAUUGGAGAUUUUGGAAAUCUGGACUCUGAUGGAGGGUUUGAAGGAGACCAUCAAUUAUUAUGCGAAAUCAGACAUGGUGGUGAUGUCAUGGAUUUACAGUUUUUUGACCAGGAAAGAACUGUGGCUGCUUCAUCAACCGGAUGUGUAAGAGUUUUCCUUCACCAUACAAACCAUCAGACCUUAUCAAUCCACCAGCACGGAACAGCCCAUCACCACACAGAGUCUUACAGUGCCCAUAGAGGUGCACCAUGCACAGGUAUUGUGUGUGACAACCCAGAAAUUGUCACAGUUGGAGAAGAUGGUCGAAUAAAUCUCUUCAGAAUUGAUCACAAGGAAGCUGUAAGAACUAUAGACAAUGCAGAUAGUAGUACACUCCAUGCUGUAACUUUCCUUCGAACUCCUGAGAUUGUUACAGUAAAUUCAAUUGGACAAUUAAAAAUAUGGGAUUUCAGACAACAAGGAAAUGAGCCUGCUCAAAUAUUAUCAAUGAAUGGUGACCGAGUGCCGCUCCACUGUGUGGACAGACAUCCCAACCAGCAGCAUGUUGUAGCGACAGGUGGCCAGGAUGGCAUGUUGAGUAUUUGGGAUGUCAGACAAGGCACAAUGCCUGUAUCUCUGCUAAAGGCUCAUGAAGCUGAAAUGUGGGAAGUUCACUUUCAUCCAUCCAAACCAGAUCAUCUAUUCACUUGUUCUGAAGAUGGAUCCCUCUGGCACUGGGAUGCCUCCAUAGACAUGCCGGAGAAAUCCUCACUCUUUCACCGAGGACGAUCCAGUACAUUUCUGUCUCAGAGCAUUAGUAAUCAGGCUAAUGUUCACCAGUCUAUGAUAAGUUCCUGGCUCAGCACUGAUCCUGCAAAAGACCGAAUUGAGAUCACAAGCUUGCUUCCUACCAGGACUCUGUCUGUGAACAGUUUGGAUGUUUUAGGUCCUUGUCUUGUUUGUGGAACUGAUGCAGAAGCCAUUUAUGUUACCAGACAACUAUUUUCAUGAAAAGACUGUAAAUAUGUUGUCA